AGCACUGCAAUCGUUAACCGCCAUGGCGUCGUCGGCGACUCCGACGACGAGGGCUCGACCCACGCCUCCCGUGCCGUCCCCCGUCGCCCACCUCUCCUUCAGCAGCGAUUACUCCUGCUUCAUCGUGGCCGGCGCAUCCGCCGCGCACUGGCUCUGCUGCGACACCUUGGAGCCGCGCGGCCUCUACCAGGAGCGAGACCCCGCCGCGGCCACCAUCGUGGCCGUGGCCGGCGACAUGCUGAACCCCAAGGAGUCGAGGUGCGCAGUCGUGAGCCUCGACGCCGCGAAGACCAACUUCACCGUCAGGCGCUGGAAGCCGGGCCACAUGAACUACCACUGGCGGUACGCGGAGGAGGAAGCGACUCUGCAGGCCGCGGAAGCCGAAGCCGUGCUGGCGGUGCGCGUCCACGGGGACAGGAUCGUCCUCGUGUACCCCCGCCGGCUGGAAGUGCUCGGGUCCUCCUGGAGGGACGUCGACGGGCCCGUGCUUCUCCACCGGGUGGAGACCGGGGAAAAUCCCCUCGGCCUGUGCGCCGUGUCGUCGUCGUCUUCGCAAGGCCAGGGAUCAGGAUCAGACGACUUGUUCGCGUAUGCGUGCCCCGGCGAGAAGGUUGGGGAGGUGCGCGUUGAGCGUUGGGAGGCGGCGGCCGGGGCGUCGCCGGUGGCGGUGGCCAUACGCGCGCACUCGUCCGAACUCAAGUGCGUGGCCAUGUCCUGCGACGGGGGCCUCGUCGCCACCGCUAGCGUCAAGGGCACCGUCCUGCGCGUCUUCCGUGCCGCCGACGGCAAGCUGCUCCUGGAGGUGAGGAGAGGCUCAGACAGUGCAGACAUCCACUGCAUUGCCUUCUCGCCGGACUCCAAAUGGUUGGCCGUCUCCAGCGACAAGGCAACCAUGCACGUCUUUAGCGUCGUCGAUGUUGAUUCUCCUGCAGAGGCCAAUGCCAACAAGAGGUCAUCGCUGUCGUUCCUCGGCCUCGGAGGCUCUGCGUUGGGAUAUUUUCUUUCAGAAUGGUCCUUUGCUCAGUUCCGCGUCGAGGAAGGCAGGAAGUAUUUGGUGGCGUUCGGUAAGCAACUGUGCACAGUUCACAUCAUCGGCAUGGACGGAAGUUUCUACCGGUGCCAAUUCAACCCAGAGAAAGGAGGCCAAAUGGAGCGGCUGGAGUUCAGAAACUUCAUAAAUCCACAAUAAUGAGGUGGCGAGAAAAAGUUGCACACUAUCUUCUAAACGGAGGGGAUUGGAAAGAAAAUUGAACUGUAAUCUCAGCAUUACUAUUUGAUCUCUUCUACGUAGGAGAGAAAAACAACAUGUGGACAACUGAAUAGUAAACAAACUUUUCUAUGCAUGAUUCCAAAAUGAUUAUGAGAUUUAUUUUUAGGUAAUGUAAUUUUUCUCACAUAUGUGCUCUGCGUGCGUCCGCUAGUA